UAACAUCAUAACACUGUGUAACAAAAGAAAUAUUUGCCACUUGGCGCUUCUUCGGCAGCAUUCAGCAGUCUCGCCGAUGUUCUUGCAUAGACCUAAUGCAAAUAUGAAUUCAGGAAGUAAUUAUGAUGGUGUUUUUGAGUGCGUCCCAGGGACGUUCAUAAUGUUCAAUACUGUAUGCAAUUAUUCACAGGCCGCUUGCUGAAUCGAUCAACCUUACAGCUACAGGCAUUCAGGUCAUUUUUCUUCGUCAGGGAAACGUUUUUAACGCAUACGGAUAACACCUUUCAGUGAAAAUAUCACACGUACGGCCAUCAUGGAAACGAUAACAUGGUUUGACAAAGAAAGUGGAUUCACUCUCGAUUAUUCAACACCUAAAGAAAUCUUAGAGGUGAUGAAGACAUUCAAAGUCAGAGACGACGACGUUUGGGUUGUAACAUAUCCUAAAUCAGGCACAACAUGGAUGCAAGAAAUUGUUUCUGCAGUGUGUGCCGAUGGAGACCUCGAAUCAAUUAAACAGACGUCUUUGGAUGACCGUGUUCCCUUUAUUGACUGCGUCUUUUCAUUUGACAAAAGACCACGCUACAUGGACCUCGACGAAAAGACAUCUCGUAGGCUCAUCAAAACUCAUUUUCCGCAUCAACUUAUCCCUCCUGGUGUCCUAAAACAGACUCCAAAGGUUAUUUACGUCUCACGCAAUCCAAAAGACGUCAUCGUGUCCUGUUUCCAUUUCUACAACGCGUUUGUCUUAACGGCACCGAAAAUCAAGUGGGAUGACUUUUUCCAAUAUUUCAUAAAAAAUGAAGUUCCUUGGGGGUCAUGGUUCGAUCACAACCUCUACUGGUGGAAUAGGCGACAUGAGUCACACGUGAUGUUCGUAAAGUUUGAAGAAAUGAAACAGGACUUGACAAAGAUUGUUCGGAACGUUUGUGAGUUCUUGGGACGUGAUCUGAAUGAGGAAACCAUCAGUCGUAUUACAGAUCACUGCUCGUUCAGCAGUAUGAAGACAAAUCCACAAACAAAUAAAUCGGAUCUCAUGGCGAAAACAGCUGACAGUUCUACUGGCAAUAAAUUUGCCUUUAUGAGAAAAGGAAAUGUUGGAGACUGGAAAAACCACUUCACAGUAACCCAAAAUGAGCAAUUCAACAAACUAUAUAAAGAGAAGUUAGACGGAACAGAUUUAACCUUCGAUUUUGUGUUAUGAAACCGAAGAGUGUUGGUGCACCCUUUAUCACCGUGAUUACAUCCCGCAAACAGUGAAAUGCGUUCAUCGUAGGCCUAAAUCAAAACGCAUAAGCUUACUCAAACGUACGGCGGCACUUGCCAAUUUCAAACUCCGAAAUUAGGUAGAAGGUCUAAUAAUAGGAAAGGUCCACCAUCAUUUAAAGACGCGCAACGUCACCCUUAACAAUAAUAUACACCCUUAACAACUUCUCCCUAUUCACAAAGUUAGUAUUGUAUAAAUAAUUAACAUCGUUCAUUCUUAAUUAAUAAAAUUGUGCGAAGGGUAAUAAGGACAAAGUGCUGCCUCCCCCCCCCCCAAUUAUGGCGUACAGAUAGCCACGACCUUAUCUUGGGUACCUCUUCAAAAGUGCCACUCACAUGGCAAUUCAUGAUCACAGGUACGGGGUGCACUCCUCUGGAACUACUUGAACGUGUUUUAAAAUCCUGCAAAUAUGUUUGUGUCAAUCACGGUGUUUUUGAUAGUGUUAAAUUUGCCAUUUGAUUUUACUACCGUUUGUAAUUUACAAAAGUCAUUAUGAGGUUUGUGUAAUUUUAAUGGUAAUAUUUUUUAUAGACUCUGUACAUGUUUUAUUGUUUCUCCUAAUGCGAUGGCGACGCGACGGCAACGCGGCGACGAACGCACGCGACGGCACGAAACCAACCGACCGCUUUUAUAAUGAGGAUCCGUUCAGACUGCCACCAAAGAGCUUAAAACUGCAAGAGGUCCGACUGCCCUGCUUUUGUAUGCAGCAAGGCAUGCAGGCAAUGGAACGCUAAAAGUACUGCCACGAAAUAGGGGGCGCCCUACACAUAAUUUAUAAACGCGUGCGCGUUGCUCGAAUCUUAAAGACCACGCCCCUUCAUGGAAGUAUUUUUGCGUUUCAACGAAUCCAUAGCAGUCCGACCUCUUGCAGUUUUAUACUCUUUGUUGCCACUGACAAUCAGCAGACGGCGUUACGUCGUCUACCGCUCGCCGGAAGCAUAGGUGGAUCGUGCGACGGUCGUACCACCGUCGCAGUGAGUGCCCGUCUGUGUAGGGAGGUUAAUAAAUGAUUGAUUGAUUGAAUAAUAAUUGUGAGCGGGCGCUCUAAUUUGAGGAGAGUUCCGAAAUGUACAAAUCAGUACAUGUUUUAAUUAACUAAGCCUAAUAUAUGUACAUAAAUUCAAAAUAAACCAAAAAUACAAGUACAAGUAAUAUUGUGGUACUAGCCACAUUUUAUAUUUGUAUAUGAUUAAGUUGUUUAAAAAAAAAAAAAAAAAAUUAAUCUUGAUAGGCCUACAUAAUUAAUUUUAUUAACGGUAUUAUAAAAUUUAAGAUAUGUAUUAAUAAAUCAUUAUGGACAGAAUGCCAAUAACAAUGUAUUUUAUUAGUUUGUUCGAUUUUUCUAGUUAUUUUCAUACACAAACUAUAUUAUAAUUAUCUUUGCUACCAUCAGAAUAUUACGCUUAUGCGCUUCCACUCGGAUCGAGUACCUAAAAUACAUGAACAAAAAUCAUUUGAGGACAUUAAUUUACAAAUAACUGGGAGAAAAACGUCACACCCUGUCUCACAUUUGAGCAAUCACUCUGUAUUAAUGUGAACUCGAAUAUAAUCAGAAAAGCUACCAGCAGCUACAUACAGGCAUCCAGCGCAUGCACAGGCCAUAGGUGUUUUAAAGUGAUAUGUAUGUGUGUGUAUUUUGAAGUGAUAUAUACAUAUAUAUCUGGUCAACCUAUAUAUUAUUAUUAUAUCAUUUCAUAAUACUGUACUUUCUUAU